AUGCACACCAACGUACCCACUACGCAGAAGGCCGCGGUCAAAUCUGGCAGCGGCGCGACCGCGCGGACGGACGUGAAGGAAAUCCCCGUACCCGAAUUGCAGCCGGGCCAAAUCUUGGUCAAGAUCAACUACAGCGGGCUCUGCGCGUCGGACAAGUCGCUGCUAUACGACGAAUGGAGCGCCAGCGGGCUGCUGAUGCAGCCGCAGACCAACGGCAUAGCGGGCCACGAAGGCGCAGGCGUCGUCGUUCGAGUCCACGAUUCCGUCAAGGACCUGUGGAAGGUAGGCGACCGUGCGGGCAUCAAGUGGAUCGCCAGCGUGUGCGGAGAGUGCGAGUUCUGCACCAACGGCCGAGACGAGUGCAGCUGCCCCAAGCAGUUGAACUCGGGCUUCAGCGUCGCCGGUACCUUUGCCGAGUACGUGCCGACGGAUGCCCGUUACGCUACCAGGCUGCCGGCGGGUGUCAAGGACGAGGAAGCAGGCCCCAUCAUGUGUGGUGGCGUGACGGCAUAUGUGGCUUGCAAAAGAAGCAAGGUGCGGCCAGGACAAUGGCUCGCCAUUCCCGGCGCUGGCGGCGGGUUAGGCCACCUCGCCGUCCAAUAUGCCAAGGCCAUGGGCAUCCGGGUGAUCGCAAUCGAUGGAGGGGAUGAGAAGCGAGAUUUAUGCCUUCGACUGGGAGCCGAGCACUUCAUCGACUUUACUCAGGUGAAAGACGUGCCAGCCGAGGUCGUAAAGCUCACGACGUACGGCGCUCACGGAGUCAUUGUCACUGGGGCCACGAGGCAAGCGUACGAAUCCGCACCACACAUGCUCAGGGUCAGGGGAAGGAUGGUCUGCGUUGGGCUGCCGAAAGAUGGCUCGGUCGUUGCCGGUGCUCCGCCAAUGUACAUGUGUCUGAAGAGCCUCGAAGUUGUCGGCAGCGUUGUGGGAACAAAGAAGGAUGUCGAGGAGGCGUUGGAUUUCACGGCCAGAGGCCUGGUGCACCCCAUCCUGACGCAUGGCACCUUGGAUGACCUGAACGAUUUGUGCCAUCGCAUGCAGGAAGGCAAGCUAUCGGGGAGAGCGGUGAUAAAAGUUGCGUCGUAAAGAUCGGCCUCUCCCAUCGACAAAUUGAAUAUGCUC